UUUUAAAAUAUAAAAUCUUGUGUGAAAAUGAUAAGUAUAAUAUAAGAAAGAGAUGAGGUAUAAAAAGAAUGUUCAGAUAAAAUAGAGAAUGAAAACUCAAUAUGCUAUGAUGAACCACAUUAUUCAGCAGAUGAUGAAUAAGUAUUAUAAUACAUAAUGUGAUAGUAACAUGAAGAAUUCGAAGAGGAUUAAGAAUUUGCAGUAUAUACUCCUUAACAGUUCGCUUGUUUUAAGAAACCAUGUCCAAUAUUUUAAGAUGAAUUUAUAUUAGAUGAAGAUCCAAAAAAGAAAGUAUGUCUUGAAGAAUGUACUACAACAGAGUAAUCUGAGGAUCAUCCAGCAUUAGGAGAUUUAGAAAUGUUAGCAGCUAUGCUUUUAAAAGAAAAUUAGAAGAAGUUCUCAUAUCCAAAGGAUUUACCAGUUCCAACUAAUGUCGAAUAACAUUUAGAAGAAUUAAAAAUGAGAUUCAGUCCAUCUUAAAAAUAAGAAGAUUUUAUUUCUACAUAUGUUAAGGGUGAUGAUUUACUUAGAAUCAAAGUAGGAUUAUGUGAAGAAAUACUGAAUGAUGAAGAAACUUAAAAAUUUGAAGAUUGGGUUGAAUAAUUAUGUACAUCAACUAAUCAUGAAUCAUUAAAAGAGAUGGCAAGAAAAUAGAAAGUCAAAAGAUAUCUAGAAAAAAAACAUAGUAGAACUUAUGAAAAGAAAGUUCAUUAUCAUAUUAGAUAAAAGGUUGCUGAAGAAAGACUUAGAGUUAAAGGAAGAUUUGUAACUUGGACUUAAGUAAUUUAUUUAUUCAAUAUUUUAGGCUUUAAAAAUGUUAAAUGAAUAAUAAGAUUCUAAAAAGUCUUGGACAUAUAAUGAUUAUUUUAAAAUCAAAAAUUUACUAAAUGAAAAGUUUGGAGCAAUCAAAAGUGAAAGGUCCUUAAAAUUUUGAUUUUAAACAUAAUCACUU